CGACUAUUUUUUUUUCUUCCUUGCGACUUGGUGAUCUUGAAGGUUGAUCGGGGCUUAAGCUUUUUUUCUCUUUCCGCAAGUCCUUUUCAUUUCCACCAUAUUCACACCACAGCAAAAAAGGAUAGCAGGAAAAUGAGCUUGCGCCUGCAUUUCAGACCCAACACCAGCAAAGCAGCGGCAGUCAUUCGCCAAACGCUACGCCGACGCAACCACACCAAAAGCACAUCGAGCACAGCAGAGGCAGACGCAUCAACAGCAGCAGCAUCGGGAAACGAGCAAGUGAUUUUCACGGCACUUCCAGGAAAUGCCGUCCGGCUACUGAAAUUCAUGUCAGUAGCCGGCUCCGCACUUGCCUGCACAGCGACAGCCAUGACUGCCGUCACGCAAUCACAAGGGAAACUAUCCGACAACGACCUCGGAGUGUUCUCUCUGGGGCUCGCCAGCACCGUCAGCCUGGCAUCCACCCUGGCAGUGAGCAAGCUCUUCGGGCCCUUUGUCACCCGCAUUACCCUGCACAGGGCAAAGGCAUUGGCAAAUGUGCAGAGGGCGAAGAGCGGGCUGCCGAGGUUUGACAGUUUGCUCAAGAACGCAAAGGCUGGGGUGACGGGAGAUACAGAGGUUGUACUGCAGACACCGGGGCUGCUGGGGUUCAAUUCGAGACACACCAGGGUUAAGGUGAAUGAUCUGGUUGCGUCGUCCUUGCGGUUCCGCACAUGGGAGAUGGAGCCCAGCGCUGUGGCGGCGCGCCGUGAGCGCGGAGAGCGGACGCCAGUGACGACAUUUACUAUCCUGUGGAAGUCACUGCACAACUCUCCCAACAAGAACAUCAUGCAGGAGAUCAAUGUGCUGAUCGGCGGCAAAACCUAAUUUUUAUUCAAAAAGACA